GGGUUGGCUAUCUGCCCUCUGCGCCAAUUGUGUGACAUAAUAAUUCUAACCUCACUUCUCGUUUUGUCAAGGUUUUCUUCGGGUAUUUUUAGGUGAAUGUGAGGACUUUGCAGGAGUUUCCCUGCAUCCACUCCUUGUAGUUACAGUGUGAUGUUUAGACUAUGCCUUAACCUUAGUUCAACAAAGUGUUGCAUCCCCUCACGUUGUUUCUCCCGAACCAGAAUCCUCUUUCAGGCAAAAAAUCACUACGAUGUCCUCGGACUCACACCCAAAGCCACCCAGAAUGAUAUCAAAGCAGCCUAUUACAAGCUCUCCAAGCAAUAUCAUCCGGACAAGAACAAGGGCAGCGAAGAAGCGGUGACAAAGUUUAGGGAUAUCACCGCGGCUUAUGAAAUUCUGGGCACCUAUCGACUUCGCAGGCUCUAUGAUAAAGGAGUGCUUCAAACAAGUGCCGUGGCCCCUGAAGCUCAAGAAUCAGACUUCAAAAGUCCCUCGGAUGUGAAUCCCGACGACGAUGCCCAGACCAAGUUUUACAAAUCCCGCUUCAAGAGAUCAGAAGUGCCGCAUGAUCAAUCCAUCUAUAACUUUGAUGAGUGGACUCGACAGCACUACGGCAACUCCUUGGAUCGACACCAAAGGGCUAAGAAGAAGCAUAAUAACUUCAUAAAAAAACACAAGGCGCAUUCUAGCUACCUCCAAUUAGAAGCGUUCCUAUUAGCUGCUUCGAUUCUCUUUGCACUGAUUUACUUCGUGUGCCAGGAUGAAGCCCAGAAUGACAGAGUGCUCGAAAAGCCUCGAAAAGAGCCCAAGGAGGAGUCCGAAAAAUAA